AUACAAAAAUCAUCUUUGCAUAUUUUUUGUAGACUACCUGUAGCUGUACUAUACUGUACGUACUAGUAGGCUAUUAGCUAUAGUUUAACUAGCUAGCUAUAGAGAGCAUGUCUGCACCCAACCAUGGACACGGUCGUACACCACCAGGGAGCAAUGAGUCAGAAGCCUCAGCUGGUGCUAGUGACUUUGAGAAGCGUCGGCGUGCCUUCGAGAGAGAGCCUACCAACAUACAACUCCUCACAUCACCAGGCAUGACCUUUGGUAUGUCAUCAUCAUCACAAAGGGGGCCGGGUCAAGAACAACCCAGGAGGUCACAAAGAGUGGAGGAGAUGUCAGUGAUGCGUGAUCAGUUCUCCCAGCAACAAGAUGAGCUGACUCAGCUUAGUGCCGAAUGCUCCGCACUGAGGGCCAUGGUCGAGGAAGAGAUACUUUUAUUAAGACCAUGAAAACUGAGAUUUAUCGGAAAGAGUAUAAGAACGAUUCUGCCAAAGUGGACCUUCACCAUCAGCUGUUGCAGAAGGACGCUCUCGUUAGAAAGUUGGAGGUACACACUCCACCCCACCCACACAGCAGGUGUUAGACAACCUGGAGCAAUUCAUAUCAGAUCUGGUGUGUAAAAUGAUGGAACGAGCUUGCUCCUCCCCUACUGGCAAGAUGGCGGGGGUUCCCCCACUGGGAAACGAUCAAAGAGACAUGCUCAUCGUGGCGAGAAUGACGACCAUCAUCGAGACAAAGAUUGUGAUAGAGAGAGAAGGCGACGUCACAAGGACAGACACGCCCCCCCACCCGAACAAACAGGACGUAGCCACACCCCCUUCUAGCGGGCCCAAUACCAAAGUGAUAUACUACAUCCUCAAUGAUCGUCAGGAGACGCCCUACGCGACUGUAGUAGUACCAAAGAAGAGUUAGCUGUACAAGCUCAAAAAGCAGAAUCUGAGUUACGUAAAAAAAUUUUUAGGGAAAAUGCUGAGCUUGCAAAGAGCACCUAUAUUUCGUGAGGAGCGGCAUUGUCUGCGCACCAAUCAUCAUCACCUCUACAUAGAAGUCAAGAAGGAGAGGGACAGACGUACAAGGAUAAAGAACAGAACUAGUUUACAGAGUGUGUAGUAUUUUAGUGUACACAUAGUGUUUGGUGUCAGUAUUAGCUUGUAGGUGUCCUAUGACUGCAAUGUGUAAAGAGAUGAAAUUAAUUAUGUACCUCUAUUUAUCACCGCGGGUGGCCUAGGGGGAAUGGUUCACGCAUGGGCAGUAGACACAAUUCUGCUGACCCUAGUUCUGUACAAUGUAGAAACAAACACACCAUGUACCAUAGGAGAACCUUUCUCAUAGGUAGCUAAUGCAAGAGGUGAGUUUGUCAUGCAAGCGUGGGCCAAGAGUACAAGAGAGAGCAGCAGCUCUGAGGAUGACGGACUCUGUCCCUAUGAGAGAAAACGUCUGGAAAAUAUAAAGAGAAAUAAUGAAAUGCUCAAACAGCUUGGUUUUACGGUCAAACCUGCUAAACCAGCUCAAAAGCGGCGUACGAAAAGGAAGGAAAUAAACUACAUACCUAGCUGCUCUAGUAGCUCUGAUUCUGAGGAGGAAUGGAGCCCUGAGAAGGAGGUACUAGCUAUGAGGCCAAAGCGUCGAGGUGCUGCCGUUUAUACUAAGCUGCCAUUCGGGAACAAAGAGAAGGUUCAAAUUAUGCAGACCAUCAGUACACAAGUGGAAAAGCGAUUUGACAAAGUUCUCAAUCCAAAGAAGAAGCCCAAAUACAAGCCAAAGCCAUCGAAAAUCCCUCGUCCCAAACCAGUUCAACCUAAACCACUACCGAGCUAUUUCGAUAGUGACUCCUCUGAAGGGGAAUUUCUCGGGUUUGAAGCUGCCAAGGUGACACAGGAGAUACCAGAGUUUGGGCGCAAGGAGUUAGAGUUAAGAGCAAGGAUGGAGAAGUUGUUGGCUGAUAGUGAGAAUGAGGAGGAGUUCAUUGGCUUCACACAAGAAGAUAUAGGUGCUACCCUUAUACCUGCUCAAUUCUCCACCAUGCGCUCCUAUCCCAAGAGACACAAGACACGCAAACAUUAUGAGGAGGAUGUCAUAUCUGAUGAGGACGAAUAUGUCUUUUGUGAGGAUUGCAAUGAAGUGUACCAUGGUGACUGCCCUGUUCAUGGACCCUUGGGGAAAUUAGACGUAUCCGCUGGCCAAGACCAGGACUCAGUUAUGUUCACCACCGUCCCUGUACCAUCCGAAGCAACUAUCAAGAUGUCAGCAAUCCCUGAAGCUGGUCUUGGGGUGUUUGCCAAGAAACUUAUUCCUCGUCAUACCAGAGUAGGUCCGUAUGAGGGGAAACGAUUGUCAGUGGAAGAUAUGGACAUGGUUGAUGACACAAGCUAUAUCUGGGAGAUUCGCAAGGAUAAGCAAAAGGCCUAUUAUAUUGACGGGAGAAACGCUGAUGAUUCCAAUUGGCUCAGAUUUGUAAAUUGUGCAAGAUGUGAAGAUGAGCAAAACAUGGUUGCUUAUCAGCAUUGUGGAGAGAUCUAUUAUCGUACCUUCAAAGACGUUCAGCCUGGACAAGAACUGCUCGUAUGGUAUGGAGAAGAAUACGCUGAAGACCUGGGAAUUGGAUUGCUGCCUCUGAAGAAUAAGGUAUCUACAUCCAAGUUCAAUAGAUUAUCUUCAACACUGGAAAGAUCUACACCAACAAACUCUGCUACUAAGAAGCCCGGUCAUGAUACGAAGAACAAACAUUGUUGUACCUACUGCUCCUACCAAACUGCUAUUAGUGGGAAUCUUAAACUCCACAUUCAAACACACACUGGAGAGAAACCCUACAACUGUCAUGUAUGUGGGCGGGGAUUCAGUACGAAGCAAAACCUGGGUAUCCAUUUACGAACACACACUGGAGAGAAACCCUACAACUGUCAUGUAUGUGGGCGGGGAUUCAGUACGAAGCAAAACCUGGGUAUCCAUUUACGAACACACACUGGAGAGAAACCCUACAACUGCCAUGUAUGUGGGCGGGGAUUCAGUCAGAAACCAACCCUGGAUAGCCAUUUACUAAUACACACUGGAGAAUGGCCCUUUGUUUGUGAGGUUUGUGGACAAGGAUUCAGUCAGAAGCAACACCUGGAUAUACAUUUACGCACACACACUGGAGAGAAACCCUACAACUGCCAUGUAUGUGGGCGGGGAUUCAGUCAGAAACCAACCCUGGAUAGCCAUUUACUAAUACACACUGGAGAAUGGCCCUUUGUUUGUGAGGUUUGUGGACAAGGAUUCAGUCAGAAGCAACACCUGGAUAUACAUUUACGCACACACACUGGAGAGAAACCCUACAACUGUCAUGUAUGUGGGCAGGGAUUCAGUCGGAAGCAACACCUGGAUAUACAUUUACGCACACACACUGGAGAGAAACCCUACAACUGUCAUGUGUGUGGGCGGGGAUUCAGUCGGAAGCAACACCUGGAUAUACAUUUACGCACACACACUGGAGAGAAACCCUACAACUGCCAUGUAUGUGGGCGAGGAUUCAGUGUGAAGUCAAACCUGGAUGGACAUUUACGCACACACACCGUGGAGAAACCCUAUGUCUGUGAGGUGUGUGGACAGAGAUUCAGUAGCAACUCAAACAUGAACAAACACAUCAGAACCCUGCACUCAGCAUAGCUAGCUCUAUAGUUGUCAUAUUUUUGUCCAUUCAAUGUUCUCCAUGCAUUAUUAUUGUAAACUG